AUGGAACGGUAUGUGCACUUGGAUUGCGGUAUCUGUGGCGAGCGCCUCUACACCGACCUGUGCGAGUUUCUGCAGAGCGAGGGCUCGCAGCCCCAUAUUGAGGCGGAGGUGUACACAAGUCAAGAGCCCGACAUUCUGGCCAAUUUGGCCGAUGUGGGAGUGACGGGCAAGGGUCACUCCUUCAACUGCAGCCGUAAUUGUCAUCGGAAUCGGUGGCUCAUCGACGCAGGCACCGGUGUUGUGGACAGGAAAGGAUACAAGUAUGCCAUCGCCUGCGGACGCGCCUUCGUGCGCAUCGUUGAUGUGCCGAAGGUCGCUGUCGUCAUGACGGUCGUAAUGAGACCUGUGAGCGGCUCUUCUGCCACCUUGCUCUUCAGCUUGGCCAGCGGUGACUUCAUGGCACCGAUCAUGGUUGAAGACCUCCACAAGGUAUCCUGGGGAGAGGUGGUGAUGCAGUGCAGAGCCGGCCACGAUCUGAAACCCGACACAGUUCUCAAAUUUGUCCAGGAAGACGGCACCUUGCUUGGCAAGGAUCAUCUGGACCAGACCAUCGCUGAGAUUUUCAGGUUUCAUGUCUCCUCAUGA